GGAGGUAUAUGUGGAUGACAUUGUGGUAAAGAGCAUGAAGGCAGAAAACCAUCUAGCUGACCUCGACGAAACCUUUAACAACCUCAGAAAGAACCGAAUGCGGUUAAACCCAGCCAAGUGCAUCUUCGGAGUGGAAUCUGGAAAGUUUCUAGGUUUCAUGGUGUCCCGAAGAGGGAUUGAGGUCAAUCCAGAAAAGAUCAGAGCAAUUGCCGAGAUGGAACCGCCAAAGUCAGUAAAAGAUAUACAGAGGUUGACUGGAAGGGUGGCAGCUCUGCAUCGAUUUAUCUCCAGGUCAGCGGAUAAGUGCUUGCCAUUCUUCAAAAUUAUGAGGACGGCCGCCCAGAAGGAUGAGUCAGGAAAACAGAAGAAAUUCGAAUGGACUCAAGAAUGCCAAACUGCAUUCGACGAGCUGAAGUCUUAUCUUAGCUCACCACCUUUACUAACUAAGGCUAUAGAUGGAGAGAUUCUUUACCUGUACCUGGGGAUUUCAGAUGAGGCCAUUAGUUCAGUCCUGGUGAGAGAGGAAACCAAGCAGCAGAAACCAAUCUAUUAUAUCAAGCAGUGUUCUGCACGGAGCAGAGCUGAGAUAUCCUAUAGCAGAGAAAGCAGCACUAGCAGUUGUCACUUCGGCCAGGAAGUUGAGGCCAUAUUUCCAAUCACACCCAAUCAUCGUUCUCACAGAUCAACCUCUCAGGCAGAUUCUGCAGAAACCAGAGUGCUCUGGAAGGUUAAUUAAGUGGGCAGUAGAACUGGGGGAGUUCGAGAUCACGUUUCAGCAGAGGUCGACUAUCCGAGCUCAAGCAUUAGCAGAUUUCAUUGUUGAAUGCACUCCAUGUCCCUCAACCUCUACUCCAUAACUCAACGGAUGGACCUUAUACGUUGACGGAGCCUCUAGUAGCAAGGGUUCAGGGGCUGGCGCUCUCUUGAUCGGUCCAGAACAAUACCGAAGUGAACAUGCCCUGAAAUUCAACUUUGAUGCGACAAAUAACAUGGCUGAGUAUGAAGCUCUGCUACUGGGUCUACAACUAGCAUUAGAGUUGAAAAUCAGUGCAAUUCAAGUCUACAGUGACUCCCAGCUGGUGGUAAACCAAAUCAACUCUAUUUGCGAAGUCGUUGAUCCUGUGAUGGUAAAGUACGUAGCCUUGGUGGCUGAGCUGAAGUGCAAGUUCCAAAAAUUCUGUUUGAGUAAAAUCCCCCGAGCUGAGAAUGAACAGGCAGAUUUACUUUCUAAGUUUGCCUCUGAUAGCUCUUUAAGCUCCAGAUCUGUUUUUGUAGAGGUCCUAGAUGAACCAAGCUUCAUGAAGCCUCGUGUGAUGGAGAUUAGCACAGACCCUGACACGCCGAGCUGGACUGAAUCGAUUGUCUCCUUUUUAUGAGAUGGGGUCGUACCUGAGAACAGACAGGAGGCAAUGAAAUUGAGGAAGAAAGCAUCUCGAUAUACACUCGUUGAUGGGGUCCUGUAUAAGAGAUCUUUCUCACUCCCUCUUCUACGGUGUUUAAGCCCUUAUGAAUCUGAAUAUGCACUU